UCAUUUUGUUUUGUCUUUUUUACUUUUAUUUACAAUAGAAAACAAAAAGAAUAGUAAAAUAGUUAAUGCCGAGCAAAACACAUGAAGGAGGUUGUAUGUUCUAAGGGGGGAUUUGAGAGUUAAGAAAAAAAAAAAAAAAAAAAGAGAUGGCAGAAGAAGCAGAAGCAGCGGAAUGCCCUGUUUGUCUGCAACCUUUCGAUGGCGAAUCAACAAUCCCACGCGUUCUCGGCUGCGGCCACUCCACCUGCCACGACUGUCUCGUCUCCCUCCCUAAACCACCUUUUAUUAAAAACACGAUUCGCUGCCCUGGUUGUACUCAGCUUGUCUUUUAUCCACCACAAGGCCCCUCUGCUCUCCCCAAAAACAUUGACCUAAUUCGCCUCUCUAAACCCUUUCUUUCCAUCAAACCCUCCAAAUCAUCAUCAUCAUCAACAACCCAUGACUUUGUUCCCAAUUUAUGGUCUCAUGAGUUUUACCUUCAUUGGAAACAUCGGAUUCUUCCUCAACUUUCCAUCGAAACAUCCGACCAAACCUCUUCUUUCGUCUUACAUCAAAAUCACAAGUCCAAGGUUAAUGUUUCUCUUUUUAAACUUGCUUUUUUUUCCGAUAAUGAUAAUGAUGAAAAUGCUGCCGCCUUUUUUAAGUUUAGUUACAUUUCCAAAGUUAUGUGGCUUUUGUUUAAAUUGGGUAAUGAUGACUCGUUAUCUGAGCUUGACUCGAUUUUUAAUUUGAACCACCCUCUCGUUUCUACUGCUUACGGCUUGUGGUGUGAUCAUCGUCAUAAUUUGUAUCUUGUGUGUGAAUAUAAAGCUCGCGAUACUAGUUUGUUAAAUGUUGUUGUUUCUCAACAAGAAGAUUUGUCUACGUUUGGUAUCAUCGGUAUGGAGCUCUGUGAAACGGUCAUGAAAUUGCAUGAUUAUGGGUUAGUUUGUGGGUGUUGUUCGUUGUCGUGCUUUUGUAUCGAUCGUUUUGGGCAUAUUGUUAUUGGGUUAAAUCAGGUAUACAUGGUUGGAGAAAGACUUCAAAACAUGACUGCACAGGCUGUCUCGUUUGCACAUGAUAAUAGUCAAAGUUUGGAAAGCGAUUUUACGAAUGCUCUUUUUGAGAUUCAUGCAUUUCCUAGCCCGGAGCUGUUAGUAGAGUUUGUGCAGAAACAGGGUAUUCAUUUUGAGUUUGACAAGUCGACCUGUACAGCUGGCUAUAGUUCAGAUGUAUGGUCGAUAGCUUGCAUAUUAAUCUGGUUUCUAGUGGGGAAGUCUUUUGCUGAUGAGACUUACGCAUUUUUGUCUAGUUUUAUACAUGAGUAUAUCAAUGGAAAUACUUGUGAUUGUGAAAACUUGUUUGUGGGUUGGUUGGAUAAAGUUUCAGGCUUUUUAGAUAAUAGAUUGGGUUCAGACCAUGUAUCGAUAAAGGAGUUGCUGUGCAAAUGUCUUUGUCAUGACCCGGGAACUAGACCGCCUGUAAUUGAUGUUUGGAAGUACAUGAGAGGAUUGAUUAUUAAACCGAAGUUUGAUAUAAUUGCAAUUACAGAAGAAAAAUCAACAAACACACAUAAAUGUCAUUGCUUGCUCCUAGGAGACUUGUUAUGGUCUUCAAAGAAAACCAAUAAAGUUGAUGAUAGAAGUAGCAUGAUGAAUGAUUCGACACAUGAAAACUUGGUGGUUGAGAGUGAUGUUAUCGAGGGUCUUCGUAAAACUUCCCUAGCAUGUACUGAGUUAAAAGGUCAUCUUGAUUGCAUAUCUGGAUUAGCUGUUGGAGGCGGUUUCCUUUUUAGCUCUUCAUUUGAUAAAACAGUUGAGGUGUGGUCCCUCCAGGGUUUUAAUCAUGUACAUACAUUGAAGGGUCAUGAGCAUAAAGUGAUGGCUGUAGUUUUUGUAGACAGCAAACCACCUUUGUGCAUUAGUGCUGAUAAUGGAGGUGAUAUUUUCAUAUGGGGCAUUACCUUGCCAUUUGAGGAGAAACCAUUCAGAAAACUGAAUGAGGAAAAAGAUUGGCGCUAUAGUGGUAUUCAUGCUCUUGCUGUUUCUUCAUCGGGAUAUUUUUAUACUGGCAGCGGGGAUAAGUCAAUAAAAGCCUGGUCAAUGCAUGAUUAUAGUUUAUCAUGUACAAUGACUGGUCAUAAUUCCGUGGUGUCUGCAUUGGUUGUUUGUAAUGAGGUUCUUUACAGUGGAAGCUGGGAUGGAACCAUUCGCUUAUGGUGUCUAAGUGACCAUUCCCCGUUAGCAUUGUUAGGCGAAGAAGCCCCUGGCGCUUCUGUUUUAUCUCUUUCUGCUUAUACCCACACCCUUGUUGCAGCUUAUGAAAAUGGAUCCAUAAAGGUAUGGUAUAAAGAUAAGCCUUUGAAUUCCAUAUCAGCACACUCCAGUUCCAUUUUCUCGAUUUGUAUGGAAGGACAAUGGAUAUUUAGCGGUGGUUGGAACAAGACCAUUCUUGUACAGAAACUUUCAGGCGAUGAUGAGUCUCAAGUAGAGAUCACAGAAAUUGGAAGUAUUGCUGGUAAUUCAGUUGUUACGGCUUUGCAUUAUUGGCAAGGAAGGCUUUUUGUAGGACAAGCUGAUAGAAUAAUCAAGGUGUAUAGUUUUGGAGGAUGAUUCAAAAUCUAUUUGGGGAAAUGUUCUCUUCUUUUACAUGAAAUUCUCUUCCUAUUUACAACGCGGUGCAGUAACCAUCUUGGAUAUCUAAGACUACCCACCCAACUAACUCAACCCAAUAUGAAAUAACUCCGUUUUUGAUCAAAUUUAUGUCAAAACAUCUGUAAAAGAAAACUAAAAAAUACCAUGUUUUUAUAUUUAUAUAAAAAGUUAUAAAUUAUAAGAUAUUAAUGAAAAUCUGACAAGGUGUAAAACUAAAUAUGUAUAUUGAAAAGCAUAUAUCCAA